AUGGAGAAACAACAAACAAGUUUCAAAAUUCUUAUGUUCCCUUGGUUAGCCCAUGGACAUGUUUAUCCCUUUCUUGAAUUAUCCAAGAAAUUAAUCUCAAAGAAAAACUUCCAAAUAUACUUUUGCUCUACUCCCAUCAAUAUUGAUUCAAUCAAGAACAGUUCGCACAAAAAUUUAUCAGAUUUUUCAAUAGAAUUUGUAGAACUUCAUUUACCUUCACUGCCUGAACUUCCUCCACAAUAUCAUACAACCAAAAAUGUGCCACCAAAUCUUAAGCUAACCCUUAUGCAGGCUUUUCAGAUGUCAAGUUCUAGCUUCUCCAGCAUCAUCACCAACCUCAAGCCCGAUUUGCUGAUAUAUGAUGCCUUGCAGCCCUGGGCUCCCAAACUUGCUUCAUCACACGGUAUUCCUGCUGUUCACUUUGCUACUUGUGGAGCAACGACAAUGUCAUUUUUCCAUCAUAGUUAUACAUAUAGGAAUGCUAACUUCCCUUUUCCUGCAAUAUAUCAGCGGGAUUACGAACAAAGGGAUAUCAAAACUCAAGGUGGAUCAAUAAAAGUUAAUGAUGCAACUGAAGGUUUCGCUUUUGGAACCUUAAAACUAUCUCAUGACAUUGUUUUGAUCAAGACUUGUAAAGGAAUAGAGGAAAAAUAUGUUGAUUAUCUUUCAAUCUUGUGCCAGCGGAAAGUGGUUCCUGUUGGCCCUCUUAUUACACAUGCUAAAAAUGAGGAAAAUUUAGAAAUCAAGAAAUGGCUUAGUACAAAAGAUCAGUUUUCUACUGUGUAUAUUUCCUUUGGCAGUGAAAAUUACUUGUCCAAGGAACAGAUAGAAGAAAUAGCAGAAGGGUUAGAGUUAACCAAUGUAAACUUCAUAUGGGUUCUUAAAUUUCCUGCUGAAAAUGCCGUAGGAAUCGACGAAUCACUGCCGGAGGGAUUUAUUGAAAGAGUGAAAGAGAGAGGGAAAAUUCUGCAGGGAUGGGCACCACAGACAGAAAUCUUGGCGCAUUCAAGUAUUGGUGGUUUCAUGAGCCAUUGUGGGUGGAGUUCUGUAAUGGAAAGUAUUUAUUUUGCGGUUCCUAUUAUAGCCAUGCCGUUGAAACUUGAUCAGCCUAUAAAUACCAGAAUGGUGGUCGAGGGUGGUGCGGCCGUGGAAGUCCUGAGGGAUGACGAAGGACUUUUUAGGGCAGAAGAGGUGGCAAAGGCUAUAAAGACGGCGAUUUUGGAGAAGAGUAGUGGGGAAGGUUUAAGGGAUAAAGCUAGGGAAUUGAGCCAGAAAAUGAAAAAUGAGGAAGAAGAAGCCAUAAAUGAAGCAGCAGAUCAGCUAUGGCAAGUUUGUAUUAAGAAUCAUAAUAUUGUGCAAUGUUCUUGA